GAUCCCUCUAGUGCGCUAUUGCGAUUAUGGCAUGUUAUUAUGUGUUUUUUGUUAAAAUUUUCAGGAAAUAAUUUGCGUGUGGACUAAAAUAUGGACAAAUUACAACAUUAUAAGAUUCUGUUAUUGAUGUUCUAGCUAUCUAUAGACGUGUGAACUCCGUCUCUUGAUAGAAAUUGGUGAAUUAGGACAAAUCCGUGCAGAUUUAUGCAUAGGGACUGGUCAGUCGCUCUUGGAGCUAGCAGCUUAUGUGGAAUCCCCGAAAUAUCGAGGAUAUACCCUUACUUCGCGUGUCCUUCCAUAAAAUAUUGAUGUCGCGUAAGUUGUAGGCGACUCUUCGGAACACAGUGGCUGCGAAGAGACAGUUUAUAAUUGUAUAUUUUGCUAAAAUUAAGGAACAAAAUGGCUAACAAUUCGAACAAAGACCCCGUCGUAUGUGAUGAAGAACGCCGUAGUUUUAUAGAAGAUUUACAUCGAUUUCAUCAAAAUAGAGGAACCCAGUUUGAUUUGAUACCCAAACUUGGAGGCCGCGAAGUAGAUUUACAUCGUCUUUAUCGCCGUGUAGUUGAGCUUGGUGGAUGGCGAAAGGUUUGCAAUGAAUUACAGUGGGAAGAUCUGCAAACCGAAUUCCAAAUUCCUGCCUCUUGUUCUAAUGGAGAACAAGCACUGAAAUAUAUUUAUGUUAGGUUUUUAUAUCUGUAUGAAAAAUUAAAUUUUCUUGGUGAAGAUCCAGACCAAAAAGACCCUGAUGCAGAUGCUAAUCCUGCAAGAAAAAAAGCUACUGGUCCAUUUUAUGGUGUACCCUUAAAAUAUAAUUAUUCACAACAUCAAAUUCCAGACUUAUUACGUAAAAAUAAUGGCUUCUCACUGGAUGUUAUCAGUUUAAAUGAUUAUGAUAAAUUAGAAAAGGCUUUAUUGUCAGGUUUACCAAAUGAAGUAGAUUUUGCUAUCAAUGUGUGUACACUGCUGUCUAAUGAAGGUCGCCAUGUUUUACGUCUGGAUAAAUCAAAACAACUUUUACAUUUGUUAUUGGCUCAUAUAGGGGUGUUUAAUAGUGGAAAUGAAUCUUUAUAUGAUUUAUAUAGACAUGGAUGGAUACCAUAUUCUCAAAGGGAUUUUUUGAGGUUUUGGUAUGAAAGUGUACAAGAUGAAUCCAUUAAAGAAUUAAUUACCAUGAAUGAUGUCAUAUACACUCGAAAAAAAGAUGUUGGAAAUGAAGUGUUACAUCUGGGAAAUGACAUAGGUGUUCAUAGUGUAGAAGGUCAACGUGUCACACAGCUGGCUGUACUUUUAAGAAAUUUAUCAUUUGAAGAUAUCAACCAGAAAUUAAUGGCAUCAAAUGCUGUUGUUUUCAAAUUUUUAAUGCUUUGUGUACAUAGUACCUAUGGUACAUUAAAACAGCUUGCUUUAGACACACUAGGAAAUUUAGCAGCACAGAUGGUGUUUGAUUCAAUAGGAAACCAUAGAACAAAACUUAUUCUUGACUUUAUUACAAAAUCUUUUUGUUCAGAUGAUAAAUUUACAGUAGUUAGAGCUUUAGAAAUAUUAGGUAAAUUAUGUCAAGUAGAAAAGAAUGAAAGUUGUUUAACAGAGACAUUAUUAUGUAAGAACUAUGAAGAUGUGUUCAGUUUAUUAACAGUACAUGAUAUACAACUUAUUGUACAUACAUUAGAAGCUUUAUAUCAACUAUCAGAACUCGGACAAACAACAACCACUAAAAUAGCACAAGUUAGAAAUGCAGUUGAUGUUUUAAUUGACCUCAUAACGGUAGAUGUCCAAUCCUUUGGUGCUAAUUCAUUGAUUGGUAUUAAAGUUGUUGAAUAUGUUCCUCCACCUUCUGAUCGUAAAGGGGAAAAAGGAGAAGUAGCAGAAGCCACGUCUGUGACAGUUUCAGCUACAGCCGAUCCUUCCAAUCAGACACCACCAUCUACACCAGCUAAAUCGGCUACACCAGCCAAAUCUUCAAUUCGUAAAGGUCCCCUUAUACAGGUUCAUGACAUGGAAGCAACAACAAUGAAUUGGUUCCGAGCAACAUAUGAGCCCAGACGAAGUGGAAGAACCUUCCAAAUAGACUUGUUUACAGACUACCUACAAUUUUGUCACAAAUUUUCCCUUGCAAACGUACUUCAAUCAACGGAGUUCUCACAGUUAGUUCGGGUUGCUUUUCCCCAAACAGAAAUUAAGACAAUGACAAUGCCAAAUGGAGAUAAAGAUAUAUGUUUUUUAGGAUUUAGUAAACGUACAAAUCCUAAACCAUUUCAUUUAAAUAAUCCAGUGCCUAAGUCCAUAAGUGUGAGUGUGAACUUACCAAGUGGUGCUCAGGCAUCUAACUCAUCUCCUCUGGUAGCUAAUACCCCCACCCCAACUCUCAGGCAGCGGCUUAUGGAACCGCCACAACAUCCUAUACAUCAGCCAAUUGUUCAUUCAGGUUCAGGAACAACGCCCAAUAAAACAACACCAAACACACCAACAACACCAAGAACCAUCGCUCCAAAACCGGUAGCCAAACAGCUUCAACUAGGCAGCACGGUGGUCAUAACUCAAGGUCCCAGACCUCCAGGAACUCCUGAUAACUCGCAAGUCCCAGGUUCACCAUCAGUUAAACGCCAGAAGAUAGCUCCCAAACCAUCCAUUCAACAAACCAAUGUACAAUUUCCAUCUAUUCAUAAUGCUUUACAAACAGAUAGUAAUGUGGUAAUGAAAACAGCUGCUCUGCUUCUAGAUCAAGAUUCAUUUCACAAAUCAACUGAUACAAAUUUAAUCAAAAGCCUUUUGGCUAAAAAACUUAGUCAAAAUUUGGUUGGGCGACAGAAUUCUAGUAUAGCUAGUCAGCAAGGUGCACAAUUACCAGAUAAUAUAAUUAUAACUAGUUCUGAUCAGUCGGGGCCAGAAGUACUAUUACACUCUCAAACCGAGUUAAAUCAGCAUAAUACUACAGCAAUACCAUCUACAUCUUCACAUAGUGUAGAAUCUCUGUCUACAAAUACUACCCAGCCUUCAUCAUCACAAGUGCCAUCAACAACAUCGGACGAUACCACAUCUAGUCUACAGAAUGUCCCACAAAAACGCAGAAAUAGUUCUGAAUUAUGUCCUGUUUCGCCCAAAUCAUCUAAAUCCCAAGGUUCACCACGUCCAUCAUCACCACGGGCAUUAUCUCCAAGAUCAAAAAACUUGGACCUUGAGGUGUGUGGUGAGGUAGAAAAAGCAAAAAACUUUGUGCGUAAAGGAACUGAGGCAACUAUAGAACGAGUUGAAAACAAAGGUUUGCAAGAAAUAGAGACAAAUAAUAGUGUUAGUUCUUCUACUGCAACUACAUCAUCUCCGUCCCUAGUGUAUAAUAAUACAUCAUCUAAUAAUCAUCAUCAACCUGUUAACAGUUCUUCCUUAUCCACGUACAAUACAUCCUUACCUCUAGUGACAAACAAUACAACAUUAAUUACACUACCAGCUAAUGGUACAAACACUCAUUCUAAACAUGUGGCUUUAACUAAUGAUGGAGAUGUGAACAAAACUAGUGAAAACAUACAAGAUAUUAGUGAAACUCAAAAAUGUGUGAAAAUGAAUGGAAAUCCAAAUAUAAGGGACAAAGAAGUGCUUGGUAAUAAGUUAUUAAAUAAUAAUACGUCAGUAGAUCCUACUGUUAAUACACAAGAUAAAACAAAGUCUAGUGACUCUAAUGAUGUGAAAAUAAACAAUUGUCAAACAAAUGCUAAACUUGUGAAUGGUAACAAUGCUUCCCCUAUGGGUGAUUGUGACCUGCCUCCGUCUCCUAUCUAUUUAAAUAAUAUUCAAAGUGGUCUCAUCAAUGGAAUAUCUGAUGAUUCAAUGGACUCUUUAGUUGGUGAUAAAUCUGUAAAAACUUUUCCAAAAGAACAAAUUACAAAACUGGUCGAGAAAGCCAGUAAAAUGAAUGGAAUCUCGCACCAUAUAGGUAAUGGUGACCAUGUUGAAGAAAAGGUUGGAAAUGAUAAAUCUAACCAGGAGUGUGGUAGAAUAAAUAAUACUAUCUGUAAAGAAAGUUUAGAAAAUCACCGUGAGUUAAAUGGUAGUGUCGAGUUAUCAAGUGCUGUCAAAUCAGACAAACCCGUAAAUAAACUGUUUGAUCAAACAGAUAAACUAGCUUCAACAGUAGUCACCAGUGUUAUAAUUAAUGCAGAAGUUUCCCCGCCCAUUAUCAAAAUACAAUCGAUACUGGGUGAGAAACGAGUCUGUGAUACCACUCGACAUGUACCUACUCCAGAAACAUCACGCGACAGUGAACUAAGCUCAGACAGUUUUGCCUCUUCAACAGCAGAAUCUGUCCCAGAAAAACAUUCCAUUCCUGUAUGUAUAAACAUUGCUCAGCCUACUACUAUAAGUACAGUAGUAGAGAAAGCAUCACCAAUUAAUGUUAGUGAGAAGAAAGCGAAGUGUAGAAAACGUAGUAGAAGUACAACUGGUAAUAGUAUCAACAUUAACCAGGAAUGUAAAACAAUCUCAGUACCUGUACAAGUUGUUGAUUUUAUGUGUGAAUGGGCUGGAUGCAAUAGGUGUUUUGAGAAUGCUAGAUCUGUAUUUUGUCACGUUGUUAAAACUCAUACACUUGUUGGUAGUGAUGGUAUGUGUCAGUGGGCACAUUGUCAACCAAUCAAACGACAACGCUGGUCACUUAUAACACAUUUACAGGAUCUUCAUUGUUCUGAUAGUGCUUUAAGGGCAAGGUCAGCUAAAAGGUUACAACCUCAUCAGACAGUAGUCCUUAAAAAACCUGCCCCCACACCUACUCCUCCUGCCCCUAGUACACCAGCUCCAACUACAACAAUUACUACUACUACCACAGCAUCAGCAAGUACAACAAACUCAACAUUAGUCUAUCCUAAUGAUGCUGCCAUGCAAGCCAUCAAACGAUUUCUUGUACGACCACCAUUUCAAGAGUUUUUGGACACCGGGGAAGGACCUGUAACAAAACACAUCCGAUUAACUGCUGCUUUAAUUCUCAGGAACAUAGCUCGCUAUUCACCAGUAGGAAGGAGUUUGAUAAGAAAGAAAGAGGGUCAAAUAAGUUAUGUAACAAUGAGUGCUGUUGAAUCAUCUACUGCUCUUGCCAACUGUUUAUGGGAGAUAUUAAACCAACAUUGACAAAUAUUAGACAUUAACAUGGCUGUCCAUACGUACAUCAUAUUCAUUUCUCUCUCUCAGGCAUUAUCAUUUUUAUAUCAUUUACUUGUCUUUUAUACCAUGCCAUUGUGUCUGGUUGUUAAUCAUAAUAUUAUUUAUACAGCAUAAAUUAUUACAUUUUAUAACUUUUUCUACUGCUGUUAAUAAUCUUAAGUUCAUUAUUAAUAACAUCGGAUUAAGUUUCAUGUUAAUAUCCUUCUCAUCUUAUUAUUUUGUAUCAUAUUGUCAUUUAUUUGCAUUUUUUCAUUAAAUUGUUCAUAAUGCUAAUUGCCUUGAGACAGUAUUUGUAUGUUCUGUAGUUAACUAGGAAAAUGGCUAGAGGUAUAUAUUAUAUAGAAUAUGUUUAAACUAUCAUAUUUCUUACUCAGUGUCUUCAAUCUAAAUGUAUUUAAAGAAAACAUGAACAAUUUCAUAUAUGUUGUAAUAUUUCACAGGUUUUUCUUUUUCAAAUUUUUAUGAAAUUGUUUCAUAAAUCUUCAUUUUAAUUAAAAUUAAAUUUUUGUCUGCUAAA